GCCUGACUGACAGCCGUUCGCUCAGGCCGGAGCCUGAAGGUCAGCGGUAGGGGCAAUGGCAGCGCAUCGUUCCCGCAAUCUAGGGUCGUGGCUUCUUUGCAGCCGCUUUAAAGGAGAAAUGACAGAGUUCGCCGCUAAACCUGUUCCUAUCGAAGUAGACAAGAACUCGGAAAAGAUUGACAUGUCUUUGGAUGACAUUAUUGAACUGAAUAAAAGGGAAAACAACUCUGCAACAACUGCAGUAAACAGAACAAGAGAACAACAGAAAAGACAAUGGAAUUUACGCCCUCGCAACCCACAAAUUCAGCCAGGACAAGGAAUGCAGCAGAAUAUACAAGGAUCCGGUCGACCACGGAGAAAUGCCUCUGGAUCACAAGGGUAUGGUGGGAUUAAUCGUUAUUGGCAAACACAAGCUAGAAGUCCCAGAAUUAGACCAGAUGGAAAAAGACCUGCCCCAGUAUCCAAACGACAAAUUGCACCCAUUCGGAAAACAAGGAUCACACCAGGAAGAGCACAGCAGGUCAAGAAGAGUUUCAGGCCUACAAGACAGGGGCCUCCUCAAAUUCUGAAAAGAAGGAUUAUGUUUCAGAACAAAAUUUCGACCCAGCAGAAGAAACAACAAACACGGAAUCAACAAAGGCAAACCAAAGCGAACAUUAAAAGAGGGUUUCUACAAAUGGGUUUGGGAGCUGGACAGAAGAAACAGUGGACUCCAGUGUGGCGGCAGCGGUUAACCACCAGCUCCAUCUUAACGAUAUCUGUACCCAAUCCGCAGGCCAACCAGCCACCAGCCCAAAGACUAAGAAGUCAACAGUCUUUAACUGGAAGAAAGCAAAUGACAAUAAAAGGAGUGAGAAAACAGCCAAAAGGAGUUUACCUUGGGUUCAACUUUAAGAGUAUAGCCAAUCAGACAAGUGUGACUCUGAAUGAUCGAUUUUCAUCUAUGAAGAUUUGUCCCUGUCCUGCAGCAUCAAGAAGAGGAGGCAGAACUGUCACAAUGGGCUAAUGUUUGCUCUUGUUGCUUUACAUUUAGUUUUC